AUGAGCGGCGUAAAUGAGCAAUCGCGAGCCCUGGUUAGCAAGAAAACCUCGACGGUAGCUCUCAGACCUCAGUUGGGAUUGCUCUCUGGAGUUUCCAUCAUUGUCGGUGGCAUAAUCGGUUCGGGAAUAUUCGUGUCCCCAACUGGAGUCGUCCGUUACGCUGGCUCUCCAGGAUUGAGUCUCAUCGUUUGGCUGCUAACGGGAGUUGUGUGCACCAUUGGAGCGUUAUGUUACGCAGAGCUCGGUACCCUGAUUCCGAAGUCUGGGGCGGACUACGCUUACAUACGCCACUGUUGGGGGGAUCUGCCGGCGUUCAUGUUCCUCUGGGUUUCACUCGUGAUGGUUUUCCCGAUGUCGAACGCCAUCGGGGCCAUUACGUUCUCGCAUUACUUCCUGCAACCGAUAUUCAGCAGAAUAGGCUGCUCGGCUGAGAUGCUUCCUGACUCUGCAGUGCAGCUGCUGGCAGCUGCUGUGAUGUGUGAGUAUUUUUCUUUGCCUACCACAAAUCGUGCGCAAAUAUGUCCUCCAUCCCAUUCGAAGCGGAACGGAAACAGUGGAAUCGAGUACAGUAGACUCAGUGAGAUAAUUAAAAUCAUUCUCGGUAAAAAUGAAAGGUAUCCACCCCCGUGGCGACAUGCCGAGACAUUCAUUUCCCUAUACCGAUACGCUUUAUUUCCCGUGAGAACUUCGAGUCCCGGUGUAUGA